AUGCCACACGCUACAGGACCGGGCCCGGCCGAGCCCGAAGAUUCGGAAUUCGACAAUGUGAUGCGACAGAUGAACGGACCCUUUGGGGAAGGUGGCAUGUCGUUUGACUUCCUGACGCGAGAGCUCGAACCUGGUGAGAAGGCAGACGAUGCCAUCGACUACGAAGAUAUCGACGACGAUGACCUUCCCGAAGAAGAGGAACGAAGUGGCGAAACUCCAGGAGAAAUCGGGGAGACCGCGGCAGACGACGAGGAAAAGGGUUUGUUCGAGGGCGAGGAUGAUCUCUUCGGCGAUCAUGGGGAACAGCAGGCGCCGCGGGAUGAGCUUGACGAUCUCUUCGGCGAGGGGCCUUCUUCGCCGGGACCAGAUCAGAUGGAUCAUACGAGGGACUUGUUCUUUGAAGAGGAGGAGGAAACAAAGCCACCUCCGGUGGUAGAGGCCGUCGAGACCCCGGCUGUGGAACCCGAACCUAUGGUGAUGGAAGAGGAUGAAGAAGAGCCGUUUGGUGAUGACGGGACUCUUACCCCUCCGGUGGAGGAUAUGGACCCGGCCGCACUCCGAGCAUGGAAGCUCCAGCAAGCCCUGUUUGCCAUGUCGGCAUACGGUCCGGAUAACCCGCCAGCGCCACCGGAGAACGUGGAAGAGCUUCUGCAUUCGUUGUUCCCUCAGUUCGAUCGCAAAGCCCUCCCUCGCUUCCUCGAACUCAUCCCUCACAAAAAGGCCUAUUUCGUCGGCAAGCAGCCACCAAAGCCGCCGAAGCCCGUUCUGCCGAGUAAAGUGCAUAUCGAAUUGUCCCAAGAUCAAGAGAGGAUAUUCAAGGCGGGUGGCCAGGCACAUAAGCGAUCGCUCGACGCCGAUCACCAAGGAAUUGUGACUAUUGCGGAGGUUGCGCCGGAAGAAGAGGAAGAACCAAAAGAGGAUGUGGAACAUGAAACUGACACGGACGAAGUUCUCCCCGGCAAUGUCACCAUUCAGGACCUUCGUGUUGUCUGCUCUGACUGGGAUGUCAAGGAUGAUUUCUCCAUUAUGGAUGUUGACGAGGAGCCUGCCAAGGAAGUCGACGAGCUAGAUGAUGAGGAGGACUGGAUGGUUGAGACCACUCGCCCAGCCAAGAAGCGCAAGCUCGGUCGAGACCCAAUGGAUAUGAUUGCGCUCUCCCACAUUGAUUUGCCUCUACUCGAUGACCCGGAACAAGCUACGUCGCGGAUCGCCAAGAAGGUGACGAUUGACAUGAACGACCCAUUCAUUCUGCUGGAUGACCGUGCCCCUGAAGCGGCGGCCCAAAAACCCAAGGCGCUGAAAGAAUUCAAUCGCGACGAAGUGGACGUCAAUGUCACCCGGCGUCUUACAUCGCGGUACAACCUCUCCAAUGACCAAGCCUACGACAUGCUCAAGCAAAACCAUCAGAACAAGGUCCGCAGCACUCUUGGCAAUGUCACUCUCGAACACAGUCUGCCCGCGCUUCGCCUGCAAUGGCCUUACUACAAAACUGAGCUUGCCAAGGCAGAAGCGCGAUCUUUCCACCGUCCAGCCCUGUCCUUCCGGCCCGGCCAAACCUGCUGGUUCAAAAAUCCUGCUCAUAUGAAGCGCAAACAUCAAAAAGGCAAGGAUGCUAAGACGCUCUACGAUUCUACAAGGGCCCUGUCUUUGGCUGAUAACUCGAAUGUGCUGCUGGUGGAAUAUUCCGAGGAAAGCCCCCUCAUGCUCUCCAACUUUGGCAUGUCGAACCGUUUCAUCAACUACUAUCGGAGGAAGAGCAUGGAGGAUUCCACUCGUCCCAAGGCUGAUAUCGGUGAGACAGUUGUCCUUCUUCCUCAGGACAAGAGUCCGUUCUCCAUCUUCGGCCAUGUGGACCCGGGAGAGAUUACCCCAACCGUUUCGAAUUCGAUGUACAGAGCUCCCCUUUUCCAGCACCAGGCCAGAUCUACGGAUUUCUUGAUCGUUCGCAGCAGCACCGGUUCGGGUGGCAGCGACUACUAUCUUCGAAAUAUUGAGAAUCUCUACGUUGCGGGUCAGCAGUUCCCUUCGGUUGAUGUCCCCGGCCCACAUUCACGCAAGGUCACGACCGUCGCAAAGAACCGCAUGAAGAUGCUUGUGUACCGCCUGCUCAAGAAAAGCCCGGAUCUCAGGCUGUCAAUCAGCGAUGUCACUGCUCACAUUCCCGGCACGAGUGACAUGCAGAAUCGGCAGAAAGUCAAAGAUUUCCUUCAACACGAUAAGGACUCCAAAUACUGGGUUCCAUUAGAGCCUGUCCCCGAGUCCGAUACGAUUCGGUCAUGGGUCCAGCCUGAGGAUGUCUGUCUUCUCGAAGCGAUGCAGGUUGGUCAGCAGCACCUGCAUGAUACGGGUUACGGCAACGACGCCGAAACAGGUGGCGACGAGGACGAGGACGGCGAACACGAGAGCUUCGAACAGCAGAUGGCCCCCUGGAAGGCUACCCGCAAUUUCCUUCUGGCGUCCCAGGGCAAAGCGAUGCUAAAACUGCACGGAGAAGGUGACCCUACCGGACGUGGCGAAGGGUUCAGUUUCAUCAAGACGUCGAUGAAAGGAGGAUUCAAGGCUAUCGGCGAGAGUGUCGAAGACAAGCUGGAUGCGCAGCGGCUGAAAGAGCUGGGCGGCCACAGCUACAACGUGGCCCGGCAACAGAAGUCUUACGAAACAUCUAUCCGGCGCAUCUGGGAAGCCCAAAAGGCCAGCCUGUCAUCCACGGUUGAGCACUCCGAUGAUGAGAGCGAUAUCGACCGUGAAAUGGAAGACGAGUUCAGUAAACCGACUCCUCGCUCGGAAGCCCCCACCCCCGCUCCUGGUCGUCGCGACGACGAAACGACCAGUCAGUUCAGCAAGACCAGCAUAGCCGAUCAGAAGGGCAAGGUGUUGCGGAUUGUCCGGCAGUUCAGAGACGAGAACGGCCAAAUCGUUCAGAAGGAAACGACCAUCUGGGAUCCCCGAGUUAUCCGCCACUACAUGCAGCACCGUCAUAGGCUGGAGGCUCUGACUACCAAACUUGAAUCUCUGCAACCAACGGGCGACCCAGAAGUCGACGCUCGCAACAAGAAACUCAUCGAAAACGAGCUCAGCCGCCUCAACCGCAACAAAGAACGUCGCUUCGCGCGCGAGAAGCAAAAAGGCACCGUGAAGACCUCCGCCGGAGACUCACCGGCCGACGGCGCCACCCCAGGCACCGGCAAGACCGCAGGGACGCAGCGCAAGUGUGCCAACUGCGGCCAGGUCGGUCACAUCAAGACCAACAAGAAGCUCUGCCCUCUUCUUAACGGUACCAUGAAGCCUGAAGACCGCGUUAGCGACUCCGCCUUCGCCAUGGGCGCUCCUCCAGCCAUCUAA